ACACCAUGGAGCGGCUGUCAGGCAUGAACCUUCCUCCUGAGGCGGUCGUGUCAUCGCGCCAAGUCAAAACUGUCUGUGAAUGUAAAGAGAGCUGCUUCGUGGACGCCGAGUGUCGCGGGUGUGCGAGCGAGCCUCUCCCCGGUGGGGGUCAGAUGUGUCACUUCACCAACACCAACCUCACCAGCACCAACCUCACCAGCGCAAAUGGCUCCGUGGCCUUCAUCAAGCACGGUAUGUGCGACGCUCCCUAUGUGAUCGUGGAGGGCGUGGGGUGCAUCUUCGUGUCCAAACAAUUGAUGAACUUUUCGGAUGCCGUCAGCCGCGGCUGCCCUCCUGGCUUCAGACUUUUCGAUCCCGUCUCUGACCAAGAGUUCUGGAAUGUGGCAUCAUACCUUCGAUACCAGUAUGCCCGGUACCGACCUGACGGGAAGUGUGGACCAAGCUUCCCGCUAUCAGACGGCGCACCCGCGGCCUGUGAUACGGCCCUGAUGUACAACAUCCCGUGCUGCCUUGCCAACGGUACAUGUGCUGGUCUCAAGCCGUGCACCUGCGACGGAUGCGUAGACUUCAAAGCUCUGACGCGAGGUUUCUGGACGAGCCUGACAAAGAUUGGAACAGAGUGGAAGUUCGCGAACGGUCGAGUAAUUCCGUCAGCUGUGAAUUCCAGCGUCUGGGGGCCAAAUGAACCAAAGGCAAAUAAUUUGUGCGCAGCCAUGUGGAAUGCUCCCCAAUUUAACUACUUCUACAACCUUGCGGCCCUCCAGUGCAACACCACCCUGAUACCGUUCGUCUGCCACAGGAAAAUCUGACUUGCUUCGAGCAGCUGCCACCUUGGAGCAGAUACAGAAGAUGCAUAAUUUAUUGUUCCGAAAAGCAUAUUUUAUAAUGAGGACAGACAUCUAAUUUCCGGUGCAUGCAAAAAGUA